UACUCUAAGUACCUAUUGUACAUGCUCCUAAGCUGCCUCUGUCUAUAUCCUCCUCGCCCAAGGAGCCGUGAACCAACCAACCAGUUGAUCCAUCGAUCGAUCAGCAUCCGCGAUUCGAAUCGGAUCGGCCCAAGGGAAGGGUACCAGGCGGCGGCGGCCACCUCCACCCCCGGCACCGGCACCAACUCCAAGCAGAUGGAGGACGUUGCAAAGGACCUGACGGCCGGGACCGUCGGAGGGGCUGCCAACCUCAUCGUCGGCCACCCGUUCGACACCAUCAAGGUCAAGCUCCAGAGCCAGCCCACCCCUGCCCCAGGCCAGCUCCCCAAGUACGCCGGCGCCAUCGAUGCUGUCAAGCAGACCGUCGCGGCCGAAGGGCCGAGGGGCUUAUACAAGGGGAUGGGGGCGCCUCUCGCCACCGUUGCGGCCUUCAACGCUGUCUUGUUCAGUGUCAGGGGGCAGAUGGAGGCUCUCCUGAGGUCUCAACCCGGUGCGCCGCUGACGGUGAAGCAGCAGGUUGUCGCGGGCGCCGGUGCUGGAGUUGCAGUCUCGUUUCUGGCGUGUCCAACGGAACUGAUCAAGUGCAGGUUGCAAGCCCAGAGUUCCUUAGCCGAGGCAGCUGCUGCUUCCGGCGCGGCUCUACCCAAAGGCCCGAUCGAUGUGGCCAAGCACGUCGUCCGGGACGCCGGCGCGAAAGGUCUCUUCAAGGGCCUCGUCCCGACGUUGGGCCGCGAGGUUCCCGGCAACGCGGUGAUGUUCGGCGUGUACGAAGCCACCAAGCAGUACCUCGCCGGUGGCCAGGACACAUCGAACCUCGGCAGGGGCUCCCAAAUCCUGGCCGGAGGGCUCUCCGGGGCAGCCCUCUGGCUGUUGGUGUACCCGACCGACGUGGUGAAGAGCGUGAUCCAGGUGGACGAUUACAAGAACCCGAGGUACUCGGGGUCCCUCGACGCGCUGAGGAAGAUCGUCGCGGCCGACGGGGUGAAGGGCCUGUACAAGGGGUUUGGACCCGCCAUGGCGCGCAGUGUCCCGGCCAAUGCGGCGACAUUCGUGGCGUACGAGAUAACAAGAUCGGCUCUAGGCUGA